AUGAGCGCCGUCAACCUUACAAACGUCGCCGUUCUGGACAACCCGGCCGCUUUCCUCAGCCCUUUUCAGUUCGAAAUCUCAUACGAGUGCUUGACUCCCCUCAAAGACGACUUGGAAUGGAAGCUCAUAUAUGUGGGAUCUGCUGAAGAUGAGACUUAUGACCAACUAUUGGAGAGUGUGCUUGUUGGUCCUGUCAAUGUUGGAAACUACCGUUUUGUCUUUCAGGCAGACCCUCCAGAUCCGUCAAAAAUACGCGAGGAAGAUAUCAUUGGUGUCACUGUACUGCUAUUGACGUGUUCUUAUCUGGGGCAGGAGUUUGUUAGAGUGGGGUACUAUGUGAACAAUGAUUAUGAUGAUGAACAGCUAAGGGAGGAACCUCCCUCUAAGGUGUUGGUUGAUAGGGUUCAGAGAAACAUUUUGGCUGACAAGCCUAGAGUCACAAAGUUCCCUAUUAAUUUUCAUCCCGAGAACAAUGAACAUGAGGAGCAGGCCCCUCAUUCACCUGAUCAUGGAACUGAAACAAAGCAGCCCCCUCCUUCGCCUGAUCAUGCAACUGAAGCAAACAUUAAGGGAGAAGAACGACCCUUAUCACCUGUAUCAUCUGUCCGUGUGCAGUAG